GGACAAAGUGUCUGUGCUGUCUGGGUCAAAGGGCAUCACAGGGAAACGGAAGGUUGUGGUGGAGAGGGGACAGGAAUAUAUUAGACGAGAGCCCUGUAAGGCUAGGAGCCCUGAGCCUCAGCUCAGACCCUCAGUCCUCUGGAGUCUGCUCGAAUACCAGCCAUGCUCGCCGCCGCGGGCUCCCUGGUGGCCGCCAUCUGGGCAGCGCUCCAUCUCCGGACUCUGCUGCUGGCUGCUGUCAUCUUCCUGUUUCUGGCUGACUACUUCAGAAGAAGGCGCCCCAAGAACUUCCCUCCAGGGCCGCGACGCCUGCCCGUCGUGGGCAACAUAUUCCAAUUGGACUUUAAGCAGCCCCACCUGGCGGUCCAACAGCUUGUGAAGAAGUAUGGGAAUGUUAUCAGUCUGGAUUUUGGAAUCAUGUCUUCAGUGAUUAUAAGCAGCCUGCCCUUAAUCAAAGAAGCCUUUACUAACCUGGAUGAAAACUUUAUGAGUCGCCCUAUAUUUCCUAUACAAAAACAUAUCUUUAAUGAAAAUGGGUUGAUCUUCUCCAGAGGCCAGACAUGGAAGGAACAAAGAAGGUUCGCCCUGAUGACACUGAGGAACUUUGGAUUGGGGAAGAAGAGCUUAGAACAGCGCAUGCAGGAGGAGGCCCGACAUCUUGUGGAGGCCAUAAAAGAGGAGAGAGGACAACCUUUUGACCCUCACUUUAAGAUCAACAAUGCUGUUUCCAAUAUCAUUUGCUCCAUCACUUUUGGCGAACGUUUUGAGUAGCAUGACAGUCAGUUUCAGGAGCUGCUGAGGUUACUGGAUGAGGCCAUGUAUUUGGGUACCUCACUGAUGGUCCAUUUCUAUAACAUCUUCCCAUGGAUAAUGAAACAUCUUCCUGGACGACACCAAAGAAUAAUAGCUACCUGGGGAAAACUGAAAUCACGUGUUUCUGAUGUAGUUGACAAUCACCGCAAAGACUGGAACCCUGAUGAGCCGAGAGACUUCAUUGAUGCUUUCCUCAAGGAAAUGACAAAGUACCCAGACAAGACUACUACAAGUUUCAAUGAAGAAAACCUCAUCUGCAGCACUCUGGACCUCUUCCUCGCUGGAACAGAGACAACAUCCACGGCACUGCGCUGGGCUCUGCUCUACAUGGCUCUCAACCCAGAAGUCCAAGAAAAAGUACAGGCUGAAAUUGACAGAGUGAUUGGCCAGGAGAAGCAGCCCAGCCUGGCUGACCGAGAUUCCAUGCCCUACACCAAUGCUGUUGUCCAUGAGGUGCUGAGAAUGGGAAAUAUCGUCCCUCUAAAUGUUCCCAGGGAAGUGACAGUUGACACUACAUUGGCUGGAUUCCAUCUGCCAAAGGGUACCUUAGUCCAAACCAACUUGAUUGCACUGCACAUGGACCCCAAAGAAUGGGCCACCCCAGACAUCUUCAAUCCAGAGCAUUUUUUGGAGAAUGGACAGUUUAAGAAGAGAGAAUCUUUCCUGCCUUUCUCAAUGGGAAAGCGAGCUUGCCCCGGAGAACAACUGGCCAGGUCUGAGCUCUUUAUUUUCUUCACUGCUCUUGUGCAAAAGUUUACCUUCAAGCCACCAGUCAAUGAGAAGCUGACCUUGAAGUUCAGAGUGGGUAUCACCAUUUCCCCAGAGAGCUACCGCCUCUGUGCUGUCCCCAGACUGUGAUAUCAGACACAGAAAAAAGAAAGAAGAGCAGGAAGAACUGAGGAAUGUUUUGAGCCACUGGGGCCACUCAUAUGUAAAGAGAGAGAAGGAAGGUGAUUGGGGAAAGAUGGGAGGAAUUAGACUAAAAUUAUUGGAUCCAUAUCCUAGACUGCUGUGACCUCCAAAUUGAUGGUAGGUAAAUCACUUACAAAUCUUUUCAUCUAUGAGUUGCAUUGAGAAUGAUGGUUCCUUCUGUAAAGAAAGUGCCAUAUGGCAGGAAAGGAAGUCAUAUUAGUAACAGCAUCUCAAAAAGUGAAUCUUCCUUCAACACUCUGCUACAAAGAGACAUGUGGGUGUGCUAUAGUGAACAAUGAAAAUCAGACAGGACUUUGAGUGAUUUAAGCAGAGAAAAAGAAGGACGCAAAAUACCCUGAGUCUUAAGGAGAUCUGGCUGGAAAAAGCUGGACUGCUUGUACUGGAGCAGGUGUGGAGGAGAGAUGCUCAAGAUAUAUAUGAGGCAAUAUCUGGCUUAAUAACUAAGUAGCAAAGGUGGCUUCCUGGGAUAGGAAGCAGCUUAGUCAGAACAGAAUGGAACAGAAUGUCCAGUCUUUGUCCCCUUGUCCAACCCAAGCCUGCUGAUCCCACUACUGUGCUGUCAAAGGAAAAAUUGGAAAAAUAUUAGGAACAAGGGCUUGAGGACAGCAAAAUGGGUCAUGUGAUUUCAUGAAGCCAUUUAAACCUGUAAUCUUGUGUUUUCUUCCUUUAAAAUGGGGUACAAGGGGCUGAAGAGAUGGUUCAGAGGUAAAAGGCACUUGCUACUCCUUCUGGCAAUCCAGGUCUGAGUCCCAGCAACCAACUACAACCAUUUGUAAACACUGGUUCCAGGGACUCUGAUUCACUCUUCUGGUCUCCACAGGUAUCAUUCACAUACAAGGUACACAGAUAUUCAGACAAAACAUCAAUAUACAUUUUUUUAGUUAAAAAAAUAAAAUAGGUAUAAGAGAAGAAAUCUUGCCAUCUGAUGGAAAGGAUAAAAUUCCAAACUGAGAAAUCUUACAAGGUAAUGCACUUUCUGUCUUAGGACUGCAUAAGGAAAUAAGACAAGGUUGCUCUAGUCCCACUCUACCUGUCCCAUGACAUUUUUUUAAACAUCUGUGUCUAUUCAUCCCAGUUAGACAGCGCACCAAUCGACCACAGAGAGUACAGCUUGGUGAGUCAGUAAUGUUUGGGGGCAGGGGGUUGCUAUGAAAGCAGCAUGGAUGAUUCAAAGGUAUCUGAACCAAACAGUACCCUGCUUAAUUGACAGGCAACUACGCAACUGAAGAGUCUCUUCCCCAUUCCCCAUUCUGGGGUUCUCCAAAGGGCUUGCACACCUAAUAAUAGCACAGUAAAUGUAUCUUUUAGGCUUAGGAUGGCUCCAGUCCACAGCUGCUGCUGUCCCUGGAAGUCAUCCUAUGGCAUUGGCAUCUCCAAAAUGCUGGGGUCUCCUUCUAUAACUUGUAAUACAGCCUAGUCUUAUAUCAGCAUAUGACUACCUGUCCAAUGGGUUUCCACAGGGCAAGGCACCUGUGGGGAAAAAAAAAUGGAUUCUUACUUGGCAAGGACCAGUAGUCCAUGGGACAGCAUAAGAAUUCGCAAAACUUGUGCAGCUUGCAGGCUUUUUCCUCUCAUUAUAUUGGUUAU